AGAACGUCAGACAGUUACACACUGUAUUUUUAAUGGGUAACAUUGACGGUCAGUUCAGUAAUAUUUCUCUGACGUGCUUUGACGUUUACACAACAAACCCCGGACUAGCAGAAGACGCGUUGCGUUAAUUUCGUCUUAACCCAAACAUCGCAGAAAUUUUUUCAAUGUUUAAAAAACUAUGGAAUCCAUAGAAAAGGAGCCUCAAAGGAAUACACGCGAAGAAGCAAAUUCCGUGCUUUUGGAAAACAGACAGUCUGACAAAUUAUCUCAUGAGGCUCUAAUUAAAUUGACCAAGGAAGCAAUCGCAGGAAUUAUUGAAACUGAUCCACUUUUGAAAGAUCUCCGCAAAGACUCAACAAGCGAGGAAAUCAAAGCUGCCACUGCUGUAGCUCAAGGGCAGGCUAUUCAAUUGAAACUAGAUCGUGGACCUCUGAAAAGUUUGAUCAUUGUUGUACCUCGUAAAAACACAACUAUUUUAGAUUUAAAAAAAGCUAUUCAACGACAUACAAACGUAGCACUAAGACGAGAAGGUAUAAAUAAAAAAAUCAGUUGGAAGCAUGUGUGGAAAAAAUAUCAUCUGUGCUUUGAUUAUUUAAGAUUAACAGAUGACAGUGAACCAAUUGAUAACUAUGGAAUUGUUAAUGACUCAGAAUUAAGAUAUGCGAAGAAAAGGAGGGAGAAAAAAUAAUUUAAUUAUAAGAAUUUAGAGAUAAAUAAAUUUAUAUUUUUGUAACACUGUUUCUUUUACAAUACAACAUAUCAAAUUUUAU